AUGGUUGGGUCAACUCUCGCGUUGUCCCUGGUCGGCUUCGCCGCCGUCCAGGCCCUGCCGGUCGCAAAGACAGUCGAAGAGCGGCAAAUCUGGAUCGGACCCGGGUCGGGCGUCUUCAUCCCCGGCGACCCCAACAACUACCCUCCGUGUUUCACAGAUGUCCCCCUCAACGAACAGCCGCCUUGCCUGCUUCCCCCUAUUGUCGGUCCCAUCGAACCGAGCACCAAGGCGAAGCGCCAGGCUACCAUCGGCGGUGGCUCCACGACCAUCACCCCCGGUGACGGAGACGAGCUCCCUACCUGCUUGGCCGGCAUCCCCGUCAACGAGCAACCCCCUUGCCUACUGGCUCCCAUCACUGGCCCCAUCGAGCCCAGCACCAAGGCCAAGCGACAGAUCACCAUCGGCGAUGGCUCCGGCACCAUCACCCCGGGAGACCCAGAACUCCCCGAGUGCUUGACCGACGUUCCCCUCAACGAGCAACCCCCAUGCUUCCUCACCCCCAUCGGCGGCGGUGUCAACCCCAGCACCAAGAAGCGCUCCGUCGUGCUCCCCCCCGACUUCACCACCAACCCGAAGAAGGCCAUCGCCGAGCUCAAGGCCGAACUCACCCGCCUGCAGAACAAGAAAAACAAAACCAAGCAAGACCGCCAGGACAUUGCCGCCAUCAAAGCCGCCCUCAAGUACCUCGCCACCCUCCCGGGUUCGGGCUCCACCUUCACCCCGGGCAAGCGCGGCUUCGUCCUCCCGCCGGACUUCGCCUCCAACCCCAAGCAAGUCAUCAUCGAGCUCGAAGCCGAACUCAUCCGCCUGCAAAACAAACAACACAAAACCACCGAGGACCUCCAAGACAUCGCCGCCAUCAAGGCUGCGCUAACCUACAUCGCCGGCGUCACGGGCAUCUCGGCCCCGCCCGGCACCGGCAGCAGCUUCACCCCCGGAAAGCGGGACGGCGGCGUCGAUACUGUCGCCUGCCCGAACCUGGAUGGUGCUGAGAUCGCGUUUGAGACGCUGAUUCAUAGCGAUGCGAAAACACCCGAGGAACGGUACGCUAUUGAGCAGUUGGCGGCUUUCUUGAAGUCGUGUGGGAUUACGAUUGUUGCGUCGCCUGAUGGGACGUAUACUAUUAUUAAGCCGUCUGACUAG